AUGGCCAGUACUCGCGAUUCCCACUCCUAUGCUUGUGAUGAAUGCCGUCUGCGGAAGUCCAAGUGUUCAAAGGAGAAGCCGACGUGUGCACAGUGCAGUCAGCUCAACAAAGAAUGCAAGUAUAGUCCGAAGGUUUCUAGGAGCCCUCUGACGCGACAACAUUUGACUUAUGUCGAAGACCGCUUGCAGGCGUUUGAAACCGCCCUAGCAAGGUUAUUUCCAGGGGGUGACUUAGAUGCUACGGUUCGCUCCCUCCUGCACGACCAGGAGGGUGCACCGAAACCCGGUUCCUCGUCCAAGUCUUCGUCCCGGCAUUCCACGCCAGCUAAAGCUGAGCCGGACCGUGCCGAACCGGCCCCCGAAGCGCUGCCGCAACAGGCUGAUGGGUUUGACUGGGCGGAGAACAAAAUUACUGUUGGCGACCUGACUGAUGGCAUGGCGGCCUUGUCCAUUAAGCCAGAAGGAGCUGGCUACUUUGGUGCAUCCUCAAGCGUUGUGCCCCUUCGGGCUUUGUUGAAGCACGGCUUUGAUCUGAACAUUCCAGCCAGGUCGUCAAAGGCGGGCUAUGGCAUGGAGAGAGUACCUUUGAAGGCCCAGCAGCUGCUCAGCACUGCACCUUCAGGGCUUGUUGAGCAGACCUUUAUGGAUGCCUUCUUUUUGAACUAUCACACCAGUUACCCUUUCGUCCACGAGGGUACGUUCCGAGCGCAGUUCUACGAGCAGGUCCCUCGACCACACGGCCAGGCGUGGCAGAUUCUACUGAACACCAUCUUGGCGUUGGGUGCAUGGAGUAUCGGCGACGACAACUCGGACCUAGACAUUACUUUCUACCAAGAAGCGAGAGGCCAUCUGCAGCAAGUCUCCGUGUUCGAAACUGGAAACCUCACACUUGUCCAGGCACUGCUGCUUUUGAGCAAUUAUGCGCAGAAACGGAACAAGCCAAACACCGGCUGGAACUUCCUAGGAUUGGCGGUUAGAAUGGCCAUGAGCUUAGGUCUUCACAAAGAGUUCCCUGGCUGGAAGAUCAGCCUUCUUCAGCGUGAGAUCAGGCGACGCUUGUGGUGGGGAGUCUAUAUGUUCGACAGUGGUGCGGCCAAAACCUUUGGCCGGCCUAUACUCCUACCCGAAGAUAGCGUCAUGGAUGCCAAGCAUGUUCUCAACAUACAUGAUGAGGCUCUUACACCAGUAACAACCGUUCUACCCGCCGAGGUCAACGAACCAACCCUCUAUUCCGGAUUGAUUAUGCAGGCCCGUUUUCACCUGCUCACCAACAGCGUCUACCAGCGUCUCAUCUCGGGACCGAGUUUAACUCCGGAAGAGACACUGGGCCUCCAAAAGCCCAUGGAAGAAUGGUACAGCGGCCUUCCUGAUUACUUUAAACAGCCGCCUACGCCAGUAUCGGACGCAUUCGCUCUUGUCCGCAACCGAUUAAUGUGGCGUGACUGGAACCUGAGAAUUCUUCUGUAUCGCCCCAUCCUCCUCCGGUGGGCCUCUCGCCGAUGGACACCGAAUUCGGCCCCCGAACCCGAAGAUCCUCUUGAGGCGGAUUGCAGGAUGCUUUGUCUUCGAAACGCGAGAUUGUCAAUCUCCUCGAUCACGGACUUUGUGAACAACCAUGUCUGCACAAGAAUAGGCGCAUGGUACAUGCUAUACUUCCUCUUCCAGGCCGGAUUGAUCCCGAUCAUCAUGCUGAUGACCGACCCGACUAGCGAAGAUGCCCCGAGCUGGCUACAGGAAAUCGAAGCGACCAAGAAGCUUCUAAUCCAUCCCACUCUCAGCAACAACCGUCUUGCAACUCGGUGCUUGGAUGUAGUUAACCGGCUCUGCUCGCCUGCAUACACGAGUGCUGCUACCGACAAGACCGCGGGACAACAACCGCCGAUCCUCAUGCCGUUUUCCGACCAACUUUUCAACCACCCAACCUUUGGUAGCAUGUUCCCCGACGUGGAUCAGGAGCUGAAUAUUGGCGGUAUGGACUUUUCAGAAUGGGUGAAUUUCCAGCCGCAGAAUGAUUUUGUUUGA